AUGAAAGCGGCCUUUAGUGUCUUAAUAUUAUUGCAAUUGGUGCUGCUGCUAAGAACACUGAACGCAGCAAGCUGUUUAAAAGCAGUUACGACAACAAUUGCACCGCCUUGCAUAACCUCAAACCCCACUCAAUCGACACCACCUGACACUGAGUCAACUGAGAAGACAACAAGUGUUUCACCCACACGUUCGACACAGACCCCUUCUAAGACCACACCAAAUAUUGAUCCCGGUACCACAUCAGAGUCGCCACCAAGUCCUACCAGGGAUCCCAAUGCUUCAACACAAGAAACGCCCACAGGGCUGCCACAGACAACGACGGCAGCAACCUCCACUGCAGAUCCUAAUAGUUCUACUGAGCCUCCGCCAAAUCCAACGGGCGUAACGCCCACUGCAGAUCCAAAUGCAUCAACACAAGAAACGUCUUCGGAGCCUCCACCAAAUCCAACGGACGUAACGCCCACUGCAGAUCCCAAUGUUUCAACCCAAGAAACGCCAACUAAGCCUCCACUAAAUCCAACGGGCGUAACGCCCACUGCAGAUCCCAAUAGUUCCAGUGAAGGAACAUCAGCAACAACUCCAUCGGGUACUAUCACAUCGGAAAAUCUACCUACUUCAACACAAGGAACAUCCGAACAGACAACUGACAGCAAAACAAGCGAGGAGCCAAUAACGACAGCCGCAUCGAAUGAACCCACAGGCACAACCAUUUCUGUACCAACAACAACCAUAGGUGGCAUAGAUGUCGAUGCAAUGUGCAGAAACCAUCCGGGAGUCGAGCUGCUGCCUUAUCCCUAUAACUGUCACAAGUUUGUCCAUUGCGAUGGUGAUCGUGGCUAUAUAAAAGACUGUCCAUCGGAUCUCUAUUGGGACUCUAGGACAAAGACUUGUGAAGCUGCUUGCGCUUGA